AUGGGAUACUUACCAAAAGACGCCUCCAUCCUAAUUGUAGGGACCGGCACGUUCGGUCUCAGUACAGCCGUCCAUCUGGCCCGGCGUGGAUUCACAAACAUUCAAUGUCUCGAUCGUUAUCCCUACCCAUCCCCCGACUCGGCCGGGUACGACAUCAACAAAAUCAUCGGCAUGCGCAAUGACACGCCACUCACCGCCCGAGUCAGCCGUGAAGCGCUGGCUGGAUGGAGAGAACCAUUGUUCGAAUCCGUAUGGCACGAGGUCGGGUUGAUCACGGCGGCGACCAACGACGACCCCGUCGAUUAUUGUCGCUGGGCUUAUCAAGGCUGGGUGGAUUGCGGCGAAGGCGACAACGUGCGAUGGUUGGAAACCAAGGAAGAUUUCAAGCACCUAGUCCCUCAAAUGCGCGACGGCACUCUGCCCAACUGGAGAGGUUUCUUCCACAGCCGAGCCGGUUGGGCUCAUGCCAAAGAUGCCCUCAAGAUCAUGGGAGACGAGGCUGCACGCCUUGGAGUUCGUUUCGCCUCAGGCAGAUCAGCCACCAUGAAGUCGCUGCUGCUGGACGACCAGAACAAAACCAUCGGGAUCAUUGCCGAGGAUGAUACCCGAUGGUUCGCAGAUCGUGUGGUGCUUUGCACGGGCGCCUGGAGUGAUUCGUUGCUGGACACCAAAGGCCAACUGGAAGCCAAAUGCUGGACAUUGGCUCAUAUCCAGCUUACACCCGAAGAGUGCGAACAAUUCAAGAGUAUACCUGUGGUGAUGAACCUGGAAGAAGGCGACACCGAGGGACAGAUCAAGAUCUGCAACGAAUUCCCGGGUUUCACCCACAAAGUCACAUUACCUGACGGCCGGCAGACCAGUGAGCCGCGAUCUCACGCUCAAAACCCUGGAGAUUCCAUUCCCAAUCAGUCGCGCAAGGAGAUUCGAGAAUUCCUGGCCAAGACCAUCCCGCAGUUCAAGGACAGACCUUUCGUCACGGAAAAGGUGUGUUGGUGUACUGAUACCCCCGAUCGCAACUGGUUGCUCGAUGUUCACCCGGCACAUCCUCGUUUGGUCGUGGCCACAGGGGAUUCGGGAAUGGCGUUUAAAAUGCUGCCUGUCAUGGGCAAGUAUAUCUCCGAUCUGGUGGAGGGCAUAUCGUUGGAUCCUAUGUUGCGGGAUGCCUGGAGGUGGCGUCCAGAUAACUCGAGGCGCACCCAACGACUGGGAGGAGAUGGGAAGACACGCGAUCUGCAUGACAUGGAAGGUUGGAGAGCGGGAGAGCAGUCUCCCCUGACGCUUGUCCCUAAGGCUUCCAAAUUGUGA